UCAUCAUUCGACUCAUUAGAAGGAGCGACACACUGACAGGAUGAUUUCAUACACAGAGACAGUGCUGUUUCUAUGUGCUGUCUGUGUAUUACACUGUACCAUUGCAGCUGACCUCGAUCCUUGUGGCACUGUAAAUUUGCUACCUAACAUGGAUAAACGGGGACUGAACGAUACACCGAACGCAAGCCAUCCUAUUGAUGACCGCUACAACAUCCCGGACGGGGGUAGUUGGUACAGAGUAGAGGGCCAACAAAUGCUUACCAACAUAUCGAAUGCACAUAUACAGAUGUGCAGCACUACAUUUCCCAUUUACUUACAAGGAAAUGUACCUAAUAUAGCCGACGGAGUAGUAUCUAGGACAGCGUGUGUCAUCACUUUUGGUAGCGAGUGCAGCCACCCACAGACGAUAAAAAUUAAAGUAUGUCAGGACUUCACAGCGUAUUUCCUUCCACCACCACUUGGUACCGCUUCAGCAUACUGUUUUGUAUCUGAAGACAACAGUCAUCCACCAGCGUAUCCCAUUCCGAAGCCUACGUUGUCUCACAAACUGGUAACAGUUGAUAUAAAGCAAAUACUACAGUUCGUUUGUACAUUCGUACCUUCAACCGAAGACCUUUAUUAUCAAGUAUUUUGGUUCGUCGAUAGUAAACCUACAUACAUCACAAAAUUGGCGCAGAAAACAUCACUGGAUACAUUGGUGUUUGAAGAAAAACAGGGUCAACUAGAAAAGCUUGGAAUUAAUGUUGCGUGCUCUGUUCGUGCUAAGAAUAAACCAGGUGGUGUACCCGGUCAUAUGUCACAGACGAGUGAACAAUUCUUCGCUGGAAUAACUGUAAGAACGCCGACGGUAACUGUUUAUCGCGGUAAAGCACACCAUGGCCACUCGUACAUCGUAUUAAAACCGACAGUUCCCAUCGGUUGUCCUAUGCUCCCGAAUCUGAGGUGUUUUGUUACAGUCGAGGUGAGCAUUCCACACCAAUAUCAACACUGCACGGGAAACAUCGGUGCGGUACAGCCAGGUGGAAAUCACGGCUGUGGCGUCAAUAUUCACCACGACGAAUGGGACCGUGAACAUAGACUUGAAGUGUUUUGGGAUGAUAACCAGGCCUACAGUAUACAAGCCGCUAAUUACAGAGUCAGUUUGAGUACCACAACGAAUGACUUUCGUCCCAUUUGGGGCGAAAUGAGCCUCUCUGAUGUCAAUGUUCAAGUUGAAGACGAAACGCACAUAUGGAAAGGAAAGGAAUGCCACGCUAUCUGUGAUCCGCAUAUGAGAACAUUUGAUGACCGGUAUUAUGAUAAUCAGAACCCCGGUACGUUUAUACUGUAUGAACAUGAUGAUUCCUCACGAAAAAUGCAGGUACAAAUGAAAGUAACGUUUUGUAACCAUCCGUUACAAGUUUUUUGUGUUUGCGCCAUCGCUGUGAGAGCUGGAGGAGAUGUCUUUGUCAUCGACCGGUGCCCGGGGAUAUACCGCCCUAUUUUUGAGUUUCGCUCUUGUGAAGACCACAUCCUGGAUGUCAGAAAAAUCAAUGAGAACAACUAUAAGAUUUACCUGCCGAGUGGUGCCUAUCUGAACGCCAACCUUCGACACUACACUGGGAAAGACGUAAUGGACCUACACAUGUAUCCGUCUACUGCGGACACUGGCCACACCAGGGGACUCUGUGGCACUCUAAAUGAAAAUAAAGACGACGAUUUUCAAACUGCAGACGGACGAAGAACUAACGAUAAAAAUACAUUUUCAAAGUCUUGGAGAUUUCUGAAUCACAGUAGAACGCGAGUAAGGUGCAAAGUGAAAAUUCCGCUUACUUUUGUUGUCUUCAACAUGUCAUAUGGGCUGAUUUAUUACCAUCAUUUUACCAAUAGAGUCCAAGAUGGGGAUAAUCUUAUCACUAUGGAUUCGGAUUCUUUGAAUAAGUUGGAUGCCUGGAAUAAAACAGUACAGUUCUGCACAUGCAACGCACCCACCCAAAUAGACGAACCCGUACAGAACAUCACCUGCUCCCAGAGUACCGUAGCAACGUGUGUGAAGAAAGACGAAGUGUCUGUGAAAAAGCAGCAGCGAUGUAGAGUGAAGACCACCAGAGGACUACGUAAAAGAUCAGUGAUGACGUCACCGGGACAUAUCAGCAGACGAAGGAGGGAAGCAACUGGUAAUUGGAACAAUACCGCAGCCAGUACAUUUUGUGAGGACUUUGUUAAACGCUCGUCGUCGUUCGAGGCUUGCUCCAACGACGUGUCAGUAACUGACCCACAGUCAUCAAUAGACACGUGUGUUCUUGACAUAAUGGCCACCCACACAACGAUGUGGGCCACCUCCGCUAGGGAAUCCUUAAAAUCCGUCUGUCUGAAGGAACUGAAACAGAACACCACGUACCAGGAAGAGGACUCGCCCGACAGGCCUUCCAUUGCCCAGCAAAUUAAAGAGAUCACGUGUCCUAACGAGUGUAGUGGACAUGGGCAGUGUGACAACGGAACCUGCAUUUGUAAUCCUAAUUUUGGAGCCGCUGACUGUUCCAUUGACGUACGUGUACCUCCUCAUAUAUAUGGCGUUAACAUGGACUCCAACGGUACUUGUGACAUCCGGACUUGUGACUCGGCUAUUGUUGAAGGGGAGACGUUUGUAGACUUUGGCAACCUUACCUGUCAUUAUCAACUCUUUGAGAUAAAUAUUAAUGGUACUGAGGAGUUUUUUAUGAACAUGACAUCCCGCGGACAGUUCAACACGCUGGUUGAGGUGUUCUGUCCCCUGCCAGACCUAUGGAGUGCACGUGAUACAGACCGUUCAUCUGACCUGUCUUCAUUCCGCCCGGUCCCCUUUGUCUAUCGGUGGUCAGUUGGUGUCAGUAAUGACGGCGAACACUUUGGAGAAGUCACUGACCUGAUAGUUUACAACUCAGAAUGUCAGCUUAUAGGAGAGAUUGAUGACUUGAUACUGGGAUUGGAGGACGAGUAUUGCUUUGUUAGGGGCACAUGCGCACGAGACGGGGUAACAGACGCAUCUGACCAGUGUUCCGUGUGUAAGCUUGAUGCAACACGAUUCGACUGGAGUACGAAUAACGAUUAUUGCCAGAUCGCUGAUCUUUGUGUGGCCAAUAACUCCGUGGAUACACAAAACAACUGCUCCAUCUGCAACGUCGCUAUAUCUACUGAUUCAUGGAGUCAUAAUCCAGAUUACUGUUUAGUGGACGAGGGGUGUAUUCCCGAUGGGUUUCACAAAAAUGCGUCCUCCUGUCUGACUUGUGAUACCUUCCGGAACGUCAAUGAAUGGUCGCCGUUCCAAGGCUACUGUAUGAUCGAUGACACAUGUGUUGCUGAUAACGUUACUAAGGAAGGAGAUGCCUGUGCAGUGUGUAACGUCAUACUUUCUACUUCGGCAUGGAGCGGAAAUACAGGAUACUGUAUAAUAGACGGCGUCUGUGUCACAACUGGUACUAGCAAUUCAAAUACGACAUGUCUAAAAUGUGACGUCACACAUUUGUCGAAUGACUGGACCCUUAUGCCCGGAUACUGUCUCAUUGAUGAGACGUGUGUUGCUGAUAACGUGACCAAAGAAGGAGACGAGUGUUCCGUGUGUAACAUCAGAAUGUCUCAUUCGACUUGGAGCGAAAAUACAGGAUACUGUAUAAUAGAUGGAUCCUGUGUCCCCCACAGUACCAACAAAUCUCACGUAAUAUGUCUUGAAUGUGACGUCACACAAUCGUCGAAUGCCUGGACACUUAAAUCUGGCUACUGUCUGAUCGAUGGCAUAUGUGUUACUAAUAACGUGGCUAAGGAAGGAGAUGACUGUUCAGUUUGUGACGUCAGUCUGUCUAACUCGACUUGGAGCGGAAAUACAGGCUUUUGUAGAAUAAACGGGACAUGUAUUCGCCAUAACUCGCCGUCUGAUAGUGAGACAUGUUUGACGUGUGAUGUACGACAGUCACGUGAUCAAUGGACAAGGACCUGUGGCAAAACAGUACAAACGACCAUUGUAAUACCAGCCACAUCAGAAGAGAACAAAACCCCAGGAGUGCAAUACCAUCAAACCACGGAAAGUGGUGACACUCCAAGCACAACACAUGACCUUCAACCAACAACACCUAAUGACAUUUUCCCCACAACUGAUGAUGCCGUUCCCCAUACCACAUCCGACACUUCAAACAACAUAGGAAACGGAGGUGGAGAUGCAAACAAAGGAAAGGUUGGACAAGGGAAAGCCCCAUCACGAGCCUGGAUAGCAGGGCCUGUUAUUGGAGUAUUUGUCGUCGCAAUGGUGAUAGGUGCAAUACUGCUUCGGAAAAACAUUAGAAAAACGGAAACCAACUACCAAGUCAGUUAUGUAGCGUCAAACUCAAACCCAGAAUGAUAUAGCAAUUCCUGGAUUAAAACUGGAUUAUGGCUGCCGAACUGUGAACAUAUUCAUCAUAAGCAACGCAAUGCAUCUCAUUAUGAACUGGGUACGUUGGUCAUCUUAUAGACUACACAAUCGAUCCAGGAAAAAUGAAUAUACAAAAGAUUUGUCCGAUUGUAUGUUAAUGUAAUAUACUUAACAUAUACACAAGCUGUUGAAAAAAAUGUAUAUUUAUAUUUUGAUUAUUGUAUCUUUAUUAUCUUUCAGUAAAGUCCUAUACAGUAUACUUUUCUUUUCAGAAAUAUGUUAUCAAAGCUAUAGUAAUGUCGGAAAAUACAGUUUGUAAUGGAACGUUUUAGGUUCUGGUAGUGAUACAGGGAUCCUUAAGUAACCUCAGGCUACCAAGGUGUUUGUAAUUCAUUGCAUCAAAAUGUCUAUAUGUUACAGUACUGAAGUAUGACUACAAUAAUUAUUAAUCAUUUAUCAAAAAACAGAGUUUUUAUUUCAAUGUAAUUUAUUGUUUCCAUAUGAACUAUUCACAUCCACGCUAAGCCUAUUACUUUAACGUUUUAGCUUUUUUUCUUUUUUUCUUUUUUUAUAAAUGUUGCUAUCGGUAGAAUAUUUAUACCGUAUUAUAUCAAUUUCAACAUUUCUACCUCGCUAAUACUAUUAUGGUUAUCAAUUCAAAAGUUAGUUGGUUUUUAGUGACAACAAGUAACAACUAUGUUUUAUAACGGACCGUUCAUAACGAGUGGAUUUUAAGCCAAUCAAAACUCUUUGCAGAUGUCGUAAGCGGUCUCUACAGUAAGCUCUGACGGCCUUUACUUUAUAUCAAAAUGUGUAUUACUUGAUUCAAGGUCACCCUUGUGUUAUGACCUAUUGACGUUUUAAAUUGAUGAUUUUUUAAACUCUACAUCCUUUCUCUGAAAUGUUCCAUAGGCGUGUUGCAGACAUGCAGUGGUACACUGUAUUGGUUUAUUUGAUGAUGGUUUAAAAAAUAUUAUUACUACCUGUUGAUAUAUAUGUAAAAAAAGAAAUAUGGAAUGUGUGACGACGUGUUGAACUUGAUUCACUGCUAACUUACUGAUGGACAACAAAGGGUAUUAAUAGAUGGUUAUAGGUCAUACCCCAAGGCUCGGUUUUCGGGCCUUAAUUAUUUUAAAUAUGUAUUAAUGACCUAGAAGAUAAACUCCACUCCCAUGUCAAACUCUUUGCUGAUGACACUUCUCUUUACGUUUUGAUAGAUGGUGAUAACCCUAAGUGUGACUGUGGUUAUAUUAUUAAAGAUGCAAAUCACUUCUUCCUCAAUUGCCCGAAAUAUAUAGAUGAAAGACAAGUUUUAUUCUAUGUGUUAUCUAACUAUAACGAAAUUGAUAAUACUACUACUUUUACAAGGCUGAUAUGAACCUUAGCAGUGAAUCCAAUAAAUGUACUCACUCAUGUGUUCUGGAGUAAAUAGACUAUAGUAAUUGAAAUGUUAAAAUCUAUGACAUUCUAGUUAUUGUUUUCUGUAAACAUGUAUUAAAUGGUUCUAGUAUUCUCCUAUUAAUUUGAACAUACACUACAUCUUCUCUAUAAUAC